UGGUGGCGGUGGGAGGCGGGCUCAAAUACGAUCGGAAGCCAUCUUGAUUUCGGAUGAGAACAAGUCUCAUUCGUGCUCUCGGCUUAGUCAGCUACCAAUUGACACAGCUUGUUAAAAAUAUUUAAAAACAAAGGACGAUUUUCUUCGCUUAUCUGAGGUUUGAUUUAAAAACCCACUGUUGAGGACACUGCGGAUCAGCGCUCCUGGACAUGUCCAGCUCUAAGAAGUUGGUCAGUACUCGAGAAGCCAGCUAACCCCUCCCGGAGUUUGGAUUCCAGACACCUGCUGUCAAGUGCCAGGCUUGCUAAAACUGAACUGCUUAUUAAGCAUAUUUCCCCCAACAGAAAUCUGUUCUAAAACAUCAAAGGGAUUUUUUUUCUCCCCCCCUUGAUGUCCCAGAAACGGCAACAUUGUUUAGUUAGUGGCAGGGAUAAGCGUUUGGACACAUUGUAUAGAGAAAACAUCCCUGGGAGGGAAGGACUACUUUUGUGAGUGUUUCCCCACUGAGUGGAUUCACUCCACACUUGAAGUCCAUCGUUGUUGGACUGAGACGCUAAGGACUAAAUAUGAGCACUGCCAGGACAGAGAACCCGGUCAUCUUGGGCUUGUCAAACCAGAAUGGACAACUCCGCGGCUCGGUUAAGCCAACUGGAGCGCCAGGCGGUGGCGGAGGCCCCCAGCAACAACCGCUAAACCAGAUGAAAGGCACAAUUAAUGGCAAAGCCCUGACAGCUCCUGCAACUAACUCUGUCAUCAAGCCUGGAGAUGACUGGAAGAAAACUUUGAAAUUGCCCCCAAAAGACAUGAGGAUGAGAACUUCGGAUGUGACUGCAACAAAAGGCAACGAGUUUGAAGAUUAUUGCCUCAAAAGGGAGCUGCUUAUGGGAAUCUUUGAGAUGGGCUGGGAAAAGCCAUCUCCCAUCCAGGAGGAAAGCAUCCCCAUCGCGUUGUCGGGGAGGGAUAUCUUGGCCAGAGCCAAGAAUGGCACAGGGAAGAGUGGAGCAUACCUUAUUCCCUUACUUGAACGGAUUGACCUGAAGAGGGACUAUAUACAAGCAUUGGUCAUAGUUCCCACCAGAGAACUGGCUCUCCAGGUAAGCCAAAUAUGUAUCCAGGUCAGCAAACACAUGGGGGGCGUGAAAGUGAUGGCAACCACGGGUGGAACCAACCUACGCGAUGACAUCAUGAGAUUGGAUGAAACUGUUCAUGUGGUCAUUGCGACUCCAGGCAGGAUUUUAGACCUCAUCAAGAAAGGAGUGGCCAAAGUCAGUCAAGUGCAGAUGAUUGUUCUUGAUGAGGCUGACAAGCUCCUGUCUCAGGACUUUGUAGUCAUGAUGGAAGAGAUUCUGGGCUUCCUCUCCAAACAGAGACAGAUUUUGCUCUACUCUGCUACAUUUCCCCUCAGUGUCCAGAAGUUUAUGAAUUCACACCUGCAGAAGCCCUAUGAGAUCAACCUCAUGGAGGAGCUCACAUUGAAGGGGGUGACUCAGUAUUAUGCCUACGUCACUGAAAGGCAAAAAGUCCAUUGCCUCAACACCUUGUUCUCCAGGCUUCAGAUCAACCAGUCUAUAAUCUUCUGCAACUCCUCUCAGAGAGUAGAGCUCCUCGCCAAGAAGAUCUCUCAGCUCGGUUACUCUUGUUUCUACAUUCAUGCCAAGAUGAGACAGGAACAUCGCAACCGUGUGUUCCACGAUUUCCGAAAUGGUCUCUGUCGAAAUCUUGUCUGCACUGACCUCUUCACAAGAGGAAUAGACAUUCAAGCUGUGAAUGUUGUAAUCAAUUUUGACUUCCCGAAGCUGGGAGAGACUUACCUUCAUCGCAUUGGCAGAUCUGGCCGAUUUGGUCACUUGGGUCUGGCCAUCAAUCUGAUCACAUACGACGAUCGCUUCAACCUGAAAGGCAUCGAAGAACAGCUAGGAACAGAGAUCAAGCCCAUCCCUGGCAUCAUCGACAAGAGCUUGUAUGUGGCGGAGUACCAUAGUGAGAGUGGUGAAGAAGUUAAGCCAUGAGCCAAUCAGUCCAUCCUCCAUUCCCCUUUGGACCCUCAUCCGCUCCAACUUUCCCCCUUUUAAUAUAUGGAUUUUUUUUUUUUUUUUUUUUUUUUCCCUUCAUCGGGAAUGCAAACUUUGGGUACAUUUUGGAAGAACUCAUUUCCCUUUUCACGGGGCUCAAUGCUGCACUGCUUGCACUGAAGACAGCCCUUCCUUCCAAGUCCCCUCCCAAAGAGGAAAGUGCAGGACUGAGUGAAAGUCAUAUCCCGGCAUGCAGAGGUGACUUUGUCCAACUUGAAGCCAGCACCCACAUAGCCCCACUUCCAAAUACAAAAAAACCAACCCCCACCUCCAUCUACCAUUUUUGCUCGUGUUUUGGAACCAUUUUGUAUGAAGUGCCUUAAGAAGCAGUCAAACUCGUUGUGAAGUAAUAACCCUCGUAGUCAUCAAUCAUAACCACUUUUUCAUUUCUGCUCGUCCAGGGGCCUGCUACGCUUCAGUCUGGCGUAACAAUUCAAGACGGACUUGGACCCCCUACCACUUGUGAACAGAGAUGCUGUAGUUUUUUUUUUUUUUUCUUU